UAGGUCCGAACACAACAAUGACCAGUUAAUGGAUAUCUCAGUGCAUUGGCUAUUACCAGAACUUUCGAACAAACGAUAUGGACGAUAUAUUAGACCUGGAAGAUCGUGACCCCAAUGGAAUUAAUAAUCACAUCACGGUCGCCUUCGAGGAUAUAUUGGCUGAGCCAGAGGGCAUCCACAGCUUGGACUGUGUGUGGGUCAACUCCUUCAGGUGUUUCAACUGCUGGAAGAGUUGCAUCUACAACCUUCUCGCGUUUUUCUAUGGAAUCUGCAUAGCUGCUCGAUGGGGUUGUGAAUUUGCCGUCGUCGCAUUCGCACACGUCUGGAUCGUCACGCCAAUGUUCAAGUUCCUGGAACUAAACUGUGGCUGUAUCAAGAAAUUCUACGGGAUGUGCGUCCACUGUGUCUUGGACCCCUGUUGUGAGGGUUGUGGCAUGAUAUUCCACGCAUUUCGGAAACAAUAGACCAUAGUGGCAACCUCGAAAACAACGACAUCCUGCAUACACCAUCGUCUCUGAUAUUUGAAUACGGUUAUGAAAUGGCAUUUCUCGACAUUGUCACUCUGAUAUUAGCAAUAUGUUGAUCACACCAUGUCAUCUUGGACUACAGCAAUGCAACACAUAUAAAGGACAUAGCACAGUUCACUGGGAUUUACACUUUUACCCUACAUACAUAUUUUCUUAUCAAUAUUUUUUAUUGUUAUCUGAUUGCUACCAUGUUUUUCUAUAUGUAUGUUUAGUUUACCCAACCAAAUGUCAUCUUUCCGAGGCAGGGGAGUUAGCUGACUGUAUAAGUAUAAUUUACACGUUUGCCUAACUAAGUCUGAAUGUCCCGAAAUCUGCACGGCAGUUUACGAACCGGAUGUUGAUUUCUUAUCGCGAUUUUGAUUGGGCUUUGCAGAGACUCGUUAGUCCAGCCAAAAUAUACCUAUAUAAUUACUGCCUAGUUCGGCAAGAGUGGAAACGGGAUUUUUACAGUCAGUUAACUCCCUUGUCUCGGGGAGAUGACCAAAUAUGAAAAAAACAAUAUUCCGCCAUAAGCGAGUUUUGAAUAGUAAUUGUUGUCAGGAAUUAUUUUGUGGUAACUUCUGAAACUACUAUUGUUUUGGAACAAGGUCUGAACUAUUAUUGGUGAUGAAUGCCGAUCACGUCACUGGUUAUUAGCAGACAGAAAGGCAAACAGAUUGGUUUUAUUAAAAAAAGACUUGAACAAUCGGUCUCUCAUCUUAAUACAACCAUACAGUUUAUAGCAGUACCAUUCUUACUUAGACUAAACACAAUAUGUUUUGGUUGUUCGUGUUUGUUGUUUAACCCUGCACUCAACAAAAUCCAGCUUUAUGACUGCGGUCUAUAAAUAAUCUAAAUGAUGUAAAUACAUGAUACGAUGACAUGUAUCAACCAUGUUAGCGAGUUUGACCACCCGAUCCCGUUAGUCGCCUCUUACGACAAGCAUGGGUUGCUGGAGACCAAUUAUGACCCGGAAACAGAAUAUCAUCACUGGCAAUGAAUAAGACACCCCAUCGCUACUAUCGUUGUCAUGUGUUGUUUCCUGACCCAAAUGGUGUGACUUCGGACAUCGCUUGGACAUUUUGUGAGAUAGACCUGAGAACUAGUGCAAUAAACUUCGACAUCUGUCAA